GUCAUCGAUUACUUGUGUCCCCAAAACGGAUGAUGUUGGUGAAUUGGGGUUACAGCCUUGAUUGAAUGUUGUUCUUGUUUUACUUUUAGGGUUCUUGGUUUGUUUCCAAAAGGAUCCUUCUUGUUUUUUCAACUUUUCAUCUUUGAGUUGUUUGUUUAGUUUUAGGACCAUACACUUCCAUCAAGUAUUAAGUAUUCAAUAGUGAAAACUAGGAGAAUAAAGAAUCAUUUUUGGCAACAAAAUAGCUGAAAAGCAAAACAUAUAUUGCAAUAAUCAAUAAAAUCCAACUACAACAAGUAAAUGGAAAUCCCUGUUUCUAAGAAUGGGACAAAGGGCAAGCAACUAGGAGUCUCUCAACCAAUAUCUUUGAGGGGUCCCACAGAUUUCGACAUUGCCAAAACCCGCGAACUUGAAAAGUAUUUAGUUGAUGUGGGCUUGUAUGAGAGUGUGGAAGAAGCUGUGAGCAGGGAACAAGUUCUUGGGAGAUUGGAUCAGAUUGUGAAGAUUUGGGUUAAAUCUGUAAGUCGUGCCAAGGGUUUGAAUGAACAACAAGUACAAGAGGCGAAUGCUAAGAUAUUCACCUUUGGUUCUUAUCGGCUUGGGGUGCAUAGUUCUGGCGCUGAUAUAAAUACACUAUGUGUUGGGCCACGACAUGUAACACGAGAAGAUGAUUUUUUUGGUGAACUCCAUCGAAUAUUGUUGGAGAUGCCUGAAGUGACAGAGUUGCAACCUAUUCCUGAUGCUCAUGUUCCAGUGAUGAGAUUCAGGAUCAAUGGGGUUUCAAUAGACCUUCUAUAUGCAAGACUCUUACUUUGGGUUAUCCCUGAAGACUUGGACAUCUCUCAAGAUUCGAUAUUGCAGAAUGCUGAUGAAAAAACUGUUAGAAGUCUAAAUGGCUUGCGUGAUACUGACCAGAUUCUACAUUUGGUACCAAAUGUCGAGUCUUUUCGCAAAACAUUGAGAUGUAUGAAAUUUUGGGCGAAGCAAAGGGGUAUUUAUUCUAAUAUUGUAGGGUUUUUAGGUGGUAUUAAUUGGGCACUUUUAGUUGCUCGUGUAUGCCAGUUGUAUCCCAAUGCUCUUCCCAGCAUGCUGGUGUCUCUAUUUUUUAAGGUUUAUACACAUUGGCGUUGGCCUAAUCCUGUAUUGCUAUGUGGCAUUGAAGAAGGACCUUUUGAUCUGCAAGUUUGGGAUCCACGGCGGAACCAUAUGGAUAGGCUCCACUUGAUGCCUAUCAUAACCCCUUCAUAUCCUUGCAUGAAUUCCAGCUAUAGUGUGUCAUCAAGUACUUUGUGUAUCAUCACAGAAGAAUUUCAGCGGGGAAAUGAAAUAUGUGAGGAUAUGGAGGCUAACAAUACUGGAUGGGACACCCUGUUUGAACCUUAUCCAUUUUUUAAAGCACACAAAAAUUAUUUGCAGAUUGAAAUUGCAGCUGCAGCAGCAGAUGACCUCAUGAAGUGGAAAGGAUGGGUUCAGUCUCGUCGUCGUCAACUUACACUGAAGAUAGAGAGGGACACUUACAAUAUGCUUCAGUGCCACCCUCACCCAGGGGAGUUUUCAGAUAAAUCCAAACCCUUCCAUUGCUAUUACUUCAUGGGUCUUCAACGUAAGAAAGGAGUUCCAACAAAUGAAGGUCAGCAGUUCGAUAUAAGGAUGACCGUAGAGGAAUUUAAUCAAUCUGUUGGAUUGUAUACACAUUGGAAGCUAGGUAUGGAAAUGAAUGUAAGUCAUGUGAAGAGAAAAAACAUACCAUGUUUUGUAUUUCCUGAUAGUGUUCGGCCUGUAAAGGCUUCGGUCCAUACUGAGAAAGACAAGACAAGUGACGAAGGCACAUCAGAGAGAAUAGAAUAUCAGAAAAAGAGUAAGAGGGAAGUUGAUAAUGUGGAGAACCUUUCUAUGAAUCUUAUGUCUGGCCUUUCAUUAAAUGAUUGAUGAACCUUUGUAUUAGGGUGCCCUCCAGAAAAAGAAAGAAAAGGAAACUGUGUUUUAUGUGAUUA